AUGGCUACCCUCAUGCUGGCCGCGACCCUGCCCUUGCUGGCAUCAUCUUUCGUUGCAGCCGGUCCCGUCGCUCGUCGUGUCGACCUUGUUGUCAAAGACCAUCACCCGGCUCCAAGAGCAUGGUCCAAUCUGGGUCCUGCUCCAGGCGAGCAUUUGAUUCACCUUACCAUUGGUCUAUCUCAGAGUCGCUUCAGUGAGCUUGAGCGUCAUCUGUAUGAAGUCUCCGACCCGUCCCAUGCACGUUACGGACAACAUCUAUCAGCGGAAGAAGUGCACAGGCUUGUCAAACCAUCAGACGAUGCUUCUGACGCCGUCCACGAAUGGCUAGAAGAGCAUGGAGUGGAUUUGACCCAACUCAAGUACAGUCCAGCAAAGGACUGGAUCUCCGUCACCCUGCCGGUCUCCCACGUUGAAGAGCUCCUCCACACCGACUACUCGGUCUAUGAGCAUCACGACGGUUCUACUCUGGUUCGCACAGAAAGCUACUCACUUCCACACUACGUUCAUGAACAUAUCAGUACAAUUCAGCCCACCAAUUCAUGGGCACGACUUGAAGGACCCAAGAAACGAAGCGGGAUUCAGAAACGCUCUUCCAAGGUCCACGAAGUCACCGCCGAUUGGUCGCCUCCUGAGGAGAUUCCUCUCCCUUCCAAUGCCACCGUGCAAGCGGCCUGUAACUUUACCGCCGUGACUCCAGACUGUCUCCGGAUUCUCUACGGCACCAUCGAUUACGAGGUCAAAGCGGGUGGCAAGAACAAGAUGGCCCAUACCAAUUACUUGGAGGAAUCAAACAAUCGGUCGGAUAUCAGCAUUUUCCUUGGGAAAUACCGUCCAGAGGCCCAGGCGUAUGCAUAUGAGUUCCCGGCCAUCUCGAUCGCUGGCGGUAUCCUUGACAAUGGGACCAAUGUCGCUGCCGAGGAUCGGGACCGGGAAGCCAACCUGGAUGCCGAAUAUAUGAUUGGCAUUGGGUAUCCGACCCCAUUGACAACUUAUUCGACGGGUGGGCGCAACCCGACAUAUGUUCCGGACAUCUUGACGACGGAUAACAGCGACGAACCAUUCUUAGUGUGGGCCAAUUAUAUGGUCGGUCUCUCUGACGAAGACAUCCCACAAGUCAUUUCUACCUCAUACGGGGACGACGAGCAAACCGUCAGUCGAUCGUAUGCUCAGGCUGUCUGCAAUCAGUUUGCUCAGCUGGGCGCUCGGGGUGUGACAUUGUUCUUCUCCAGCGGCGAUUUUGGAGUUGGCCAAGACGACACUUGCUACAGCAACGUCGACAACUCGACGUACAUGUUCAUCCCAAGUUUUCCUGCCGACUGCCCCUAUAUUACGGCUGUGGGUGCUACUACGGGCUAUCCCGAGUCUGCUGCGUGGAGAAAAUUGAGCUCCGGCCUGUAUUUCACCAGUGGCGCCGGUUUUAGCAACUAUUUCGAUCAGCCUGCCUAUCAGGCCGGGACGGUGAACGAGUAUAUCGAAGGACUUGAUGGGCUCUACGAUGGCUUCUACAACAAGUCAGGGCGCGCAUACCCCGACAUCUCAUGCAUGGGACAAGUGUUCCCAACCAUCUGGAAUGGCAGCACACUCGGCCUGGUCGGCACAUCUGGCUCGUCGCCAAUUUGUGCAGCGAUCUUCAGUCUCCUGAACGAUGCUUUGAUCGCUGAAGACCGCCCAUCAAUGGGCUUCAUCAACCCCUGGCUCUAUUCCCGAGGACAUAAGCUGUUUACGGAUGUCACGAAUGGCACUUCUGCAGGAUGCAACACGACGGGAUUCCCUACCACGAAAGGUUGGGACGCCGUCACGGGUUGGGGGACUCCGUACUUCCCCAAACUACUUGAAGCGUUUGGCUUGAAGAAGUAA